UCGAUUACCGAUUGCUUAAUUAUUCCUUCAGCUCAGCAAACACGUGACCCGGUGUGUGCAGUAUUAUCGUGAGCGCGUGCACAGGUGAAUGCUAACCGACUAGCUCCGGAGCUUCACACGGCUGAGAUGUUCCUCACCCAGGAGCGGUAAAGUGCUGUAGUGAUCCUGGAGCUCAGGGAAUAAUACACACUGUUGAGCUUCUCAUCACCAUGGCAUUUGUCUUACAGACUUCGUGAUUCUCCGAUCUGAUUGGUCAGAAGGUGUUCCCUAAUUAAUUGAGUGGAAUCUCUACUGGGAUCAACCGGAAGCAGUUUUUUCCUCUACAGGAUCUCCUGAAGUGGUUUAUUCCGCUUACACGAUCAUACCUGUGGCGUUCAUGGUGCAGUCUGAUGCUGAUGAUCGAUUAAUGAUCAUCGCGGUUGAUAACGGGUUCGGUGGACUUUACAGCAGGCAGAAGGCAGACUGGAUGGCGGAUGCGGUUCAGCAGUAUUUCCACGACAACAGUGACCUGGAGCAGGACGAAGUGGAGGACUUCCUGUCUGAGCUGAUGAAUAACGAGUUCGACACGGUGGUGGACGACGGGAGUCUGCCGCAGGUGGCGCAGAAGGUGUGUGAGAUGUUCCAGCAGUGUAAGCAGGGGAACCUGGCGGAGGUCAAACAGCAGAUCAGCACUCUGUUACAGAAAAAGACCAGCGGGAGAGCGAAGGCCACGCCCAUGAAACCCCCUACAGAGGAGAACAGCGAUGAUGAUGAUGAUGAAGAGUCUAUGGAGUGUGACGAAUCCGGGAGCAGCGCAGCAGUGAAACAGCAACAGCCGUCGUCUUCUAGACCUACACAGGAGGAGGAGAAGGAUGAAGACGGCUGGACGGUGGUGUGCAGGAAAAAGUGACCAGAGCUCCAUGGUGUCUGAAUGACAGAUGGAGAUCGAGAGAAUGGGUUUUAAAUGACUUUGUGUGCUUCAUGGUGUUCUUAAAAACGCCAUCAUUUCGCUUUUACGGCUCAUUACGCCCUCUUGUGGACACACCGGGCUUUGCAGGACAUGUCCUAGACAUGCACCCUGCAGCCAGUUCAGGUCCUCCAUGUGUGGGAGAAAGAGAUGGUCUUCAGCGACCCACGAUAUCUCAUCCCUCUGACGGUUUACAGUUUGUAAACUGAAUUCAAGAUGCCUUUAAAUAUUGUGAUUUAUAAAUGAAUAUAACGAUGACUUUUCAGGAUGUUGCAUUUUUCUAUAAACUAGGACGUCUGUGAUGGCAGUGAGACCUGCAUCUAUUUGAGGAAGAGGAACGGUUCCAACAUACGUCCUCCUGCCUAAUGCAGUAUUAUUAUUAUUAUUAUUAUUAUUAUUAUUAUUAUUAUUAUAUUGGCCAGGAUUAAUAUGCAUAGAAUACACCAUAGGGACAAACGGAUAUAAGAACUGAUAUGAGUGGGGGAUAUGGGAGCUUAGUGCAUAAAGAAUUGGACUUUGGAUCUGAAGGUCAUACCUGCCACUUCUGUGCCCCUGAGAUGAUCGCGAGAGUCUGGCUGAGACCGGAUGACAGAUUUAAGUGUGUACAGUUAAUUCAGUUUAAUUCAGUUUAAUUUCUAUAACACUUUUAACAAUGGACAUUGCAUCCCAAAGCAGCUUCAUAGAGAUAAAUAGGUUUUAAGAUUUGAAUUAGUGCCUAUAAGUUUAUUCCUAAUGAUUGAACCAGUGGUGAGGAACCAGACUCAAAAGGGAACCGGUCCUAAACACCGAAUGCUCGUUCAUUACAGUUCCAUCGUUAUUAAGGUGCUGUACAGUGAUGGGUGCCGAGGACAGAGCCGUCUGUACAAAAAGCUGCUGCAGAUGUUCUAGCAGACUGUGGUGGCGAGUGCCCUUUUCUAUGCGGCGGUGUGCCAGGGAGGCAGCGUCAAGAAGAAGGACAACACUCGUCUGGACAAGCUGGUGAGCUGGGGCUCUGUUGUGGGCUCGGAGCUGGACAGCAUGACCUCAGUGGCCGAGAGAGUGGUGCCGAGGAAGCUCCUGAUGAUCAUGGACAAUCCACUGCAUUCCCUGCACUGCAUCAUCUCCAGGGAGAAGAGCAGCUUCAGUGAAAGGUUGCUGUCACUGCCCUGCUCCACUGACGGACCGAGGAAGUCGUUCCUUUCCCAUGUGGUGCAGAUCUUUAAUUCUACUCGGGGGUGGAGUCAGUGCCGACUUUCCUCACUGUUCUGAACUGAACUACACAUUAACACUCGGGUUUGUACAUAACUCUUCAAAACGCUUUGAGUCACACAGAACUCGAUAAAACACUGAGUUGUUUUAUAUUUUUAGUAUUUAGUAUUUAUUGCAUGCAUUAUUGCCUGUUUGUGGUUUGCUGGAAGCUGUACAUUUCCCAUUGGGAUGAAUAAAGUAUCUAAUCUAAUCUAA